CCUACCCAGCGUUCCUGGAAAGUGGGGGAGGGAAAAACACGAGAAAAGCUAAGGAAAAUUACGCGUUCUUCUUCUAUUCGCAAACGCCGAUUUUCCCUUCAAUUGUUGCUGUUAUUAUUGUUAUAUUUACUUGGCGGUGAUUAAAUUAAACGGUUUAUUGGAUUAAGAAUUCUCAUUAUUACUGUUGAGACUUUCCUCUCCUCUUGCACCAAAGAACACGGUUCCAAGUUUUCUCCAUUUCUAGGGCAACUUUUUUUGGCUAAAUCCCUUUCUUCCAACUGAAGUGAGCUCUCAUUGCAAAUUAAACGCGUUUUGCAUGCUGCGAUCUUAGUUGUGAUGGAAACUAGGGCGUGAAUUGGCCGAGCAGAAGAAAAUACGGUAAAAAAUGUUCUUCAGCGGCGAUCCUUCUACGCGGAAGCGUGUCGAUUUGGGUGGUCGCAGCUCAAAGGAAAGGGACCGGAAGAACCUUCUAGAACAGACGCGAGUUGAAAGAAACCGGCGCUUGUGGUUGCGCCAGCAGAACUCUGCCGUACUCAAAAUUCAGAAAUGCUUCAGAGGAAGAAAAGCUGUCAAAACUGAACAAUCUAAGUUGCGAGAGCAGUUCUAUGAAGUCUAUGGGAAAUAUUGCCAUAAUGUGGACAGGAAUUCUUUUGGUCCAGAUUCUGAUUUCCUCUGCCAGUUCCUCUAUUUCUUUAAGGCAGACGAUAGUGAUGAUUUUUUAGUUCUUGUUCAAAUUUGCCGGUUGCUUUGGUGGUUUGUUCAAAAUAAUGGGGACGUUGUGAACAUUUUUGCAGGGGUGGAUUACUCUUCCACCCGUGCUUUGGUGAACUACCGAGUGAAGCGAUUUGUACAAGCUUGUAUUCAUGCUUUGCAUCGGAAUAGAAAUCAGCUAAAAGGGCAGCUUUUGUUGACUCCUGAGGAAUUGAAUGUAUCAGCUGUUCCUUUAUUGGAGGUUUUAGUAUUGUUAAUUGAUUCCAAAUUGCCAUGGAGCUGUAAGAUAGUAGAAUAUCUCUUUCGAAACAAUGCACUUGGCCUACUAAGAGAGAUCAUUCUUACAGGGAAGGGUAAUGAUGCAGAGAAUUAUUUUUCCAUUGGCAAGGGUUCAUCAUUGGAGCGUGUGCUUAUGGCUGUAGUACGUCACGCUGGUCAGGAGCCAUGUAUCUGUUCACAUAUUAAUCCAACAUAUAGUUUUGCGUCUCAAAUCAUCACCAUUCCUUUUUUGUGGCAUCUUUUCCCUAAUUUACAACAGAUUUUUGCCGCAGAGGACCUGAGCCAAUUUUACAUGCAUCAAAUGGCAAAGUUUGGGCAAAAUCUGAUCAAUUUUCUACCUAAGGAUAUAUCAAAUGAAUUUCCUAGCCAUGCCUGUAUGCUUGGAAAUGUAUUAGAAACUGCUGGAGUUGCUUUGUCUCAUCCUGUCUGUUCAUUUGAUAUGGCAAUAGACCUUGCGGGUGUCACUACAGUUUUGCUGGAGGCACUCCCAUCUGCAAAAACUUUCAAUGGUUCUAUGAGCGCUGAAGAUGAUAUGACUGGAGAUGAAGUCAUGGAAAUAGCUUUAGAUAGGAAAUUGGAGCAGCAAAUUAAUAAUGCCGUAAAUCCUCGCUUCCUUCUACAACUGACAAACAUACUAUUUAAAGAGAUUUCAUCUGUCAAUGAUUCAGAUUAUGGACCCAAUGAUAGAGAAGUUACUGCUGUUGAUGCGGUUUGUGGGUUUUUGCAUGUUACCUUCAGCAAGCUGCCACUUGAACGGAUUAUGACUGUGCUUGCUUACAGAACUGAACUUGUUAUUACCCUUUGGAACUUUACAAAGAAGUGUCAUGAGAACCAAAAGUGGUCAUCACUCACCUCAAAUGAUGCACCUGGCUGGCUGUUACCUCUGGCUGUAUUCUGUCCUGUCUACAAGCACAUGCUUAUGAUUGUUGAUAAUGAAGAAUUUUAUGAGCAGGAGAAACCGCUGUCACUGAAGGAUAUUAGGACCCUCAUCAUUAUAUUGAGACAGGUUCUGUGGCAGCUACUGUGGGUGAAUCAUACUACAUCAGCUAAUUCAGUAAAAUCAGUUCCGAAUAGUUCAGUUAGAAAGGGGCAGUUCGUUCAGGCCAUUCAACAGAGGGUUAGCAUUGCAGUCUCUGAGCUUCUCUCCCAGCUGCAAGAUUGGAACAAUAGACGGCAGUUUACAUCCCCCAGUAACUUCCAUGCUGAUGGUGUGAAUGACCUAUUUAUCUCUCAGGCUUUAAUAGAAAAUACGCGAGCAAAUGAAAUAUUGAAACAGGCCCCUUUCUUGAUACCAUUUACUAGCAGGGUUAAAGUAUACUCUUCUCAACUAGCUGCUGUUAGGCAAAGGCAUGGAUCUCAGGCUGUAUUUAGUAGGAAUCGGUUCAGAAUAAAACGAGACCGUAUUUUGGAAGAUGCUUAUAAUCAAAUGAGUCAGUUGACAGAAGAUAGUCUUCGAGGAUUGAUCCGUGUGACUUUUGUCAAUGAAUUUGGAGUUGAAGAGGCUGGAAUUGAUGGCGGUGGAAUAUUCAAAGAUUUCAUGGAGAACAUCACACGUGCUGCCUUUGAUGUGCAGUAUGGAUUAUUUAAGGAAACAGCAGAUCACCUGCUUUAUCCUAAUCCUGGAUCCGGAAUGAUACAUGAACAACACUUCCAAUUUUUCCACUUCCUUGGUACUCUUCUUGCAAAGGCUAUGUUUGAAGGGAUUCUGGUUGAUAUACCAUUUGCUACAUUCUUUUUGAGCAAAUUGAAACAAAAGUACAACUAUUUGAAUGACUUGCCCUCCUUGGACCCGGAAUUGUAUCGCCAUCUCAUUUUCCUCAAGCAUUAUAAGGGAGACAUUUCGGAAUUGGAACUAUACUUUGUUAUAGUAAAUAAUGAAUAUGGAGAACAAACAGAGGAGGAACUGCUUCCUGGGGGAAGAAACCUACGUGUCACUAAUGAGAAUGUUAUUACUUUUAUUCAUCUUGUAGCCAAUCACCGCUUGAAUUUUCAGAUACGCCAACAGAGUUCGCAUUUCUUGAGGGGAUUUGAGCAACUUAUUCAGAAGGAUUGGAUUGAUAUGUUUAAUGAACAUGAACUUCAGCUUCUGAUAUCAGGUUCAGUUGACAGCUUGGAUAUUGAUGAUUUGCGGCUGCACACCAACUAUGCAGGAGGUUAUAAUAGUGACCACUAUGUUAUUGAGAUGUUUUGGGAAGUUCUUAAAGGCUUUUCAUUGGAAAACAGGAAGAAAUUUUUGAAGUUCGUGACAGGUUGCUCUCGUGGGCCAUUGCUUGGUUUCAGAAAUCUUGAACCUUUGUUUUGCAUUCAAAGGGCUUCCAGUAAUGCUGCGGAGGAAUCACUUGACCGAUUACCAACAUCGGCUACUUGUAUGAAUCUACUGAAGCUUCCGCCUUAUACAAGUAAGGAGCAAUUGGAAACCAAACUACUGUAUGCCAUAAAUGCCGAUGCUGGCUUUGAUUUAAGUUAGAAGCAUGAAGUGGAAUUUACGAUAUCUUUAGGGUUUGAGCUUGGUACAGAAUGACUCCGAUGACGAUUAGUGGAACAGGAAAGGGCAAAUAAUCGGAUGGAUAGAGCUGAAUAAAAAUAUCAUGUGUUACUGUAUGUAUGUGUAUAUAUAUACUUGUUGUCUUCUUCAAUCUUGAUUGCCAAUUUGUGUCUUUUUAUCUAAAUGUAAAUACCUAAAAUGUGAAUUAUUUUGUGAAAUUCACUUUGGCAGGGUUUUUCCUGAUUAUUUUCUAUGAUCAUAAAAGCAAAACUUCACCCGGAGGUUUUGUUCUUUUGCA